AUGACAUCCUCACAUCCGUACCAGCUGCUACCUAUCGAUGAGAGAGUCAAACGAGUUUUGGCUACAACACCUCUUAUAGAUGGCCACAAUGAUUUGCCCCAACAGCCUAGAGCUUGUUUUCAUGGAAAAAUACACAAUAAUGAGAAAUUCGACCUAGAAAAUGGUUUCCAGCGUGGAAUGACUGAUAUCCCUCGUCUGAAGCAAGGUGCUGUAGGCGGGCAGUUCUGGUCCGUCUGUGUUCCAUGUCUCAGAUCAGCAGAGAACUUCACAACUCCAGAGUAUUCAGACAUGGCUCGAGAUGCGAUUGAACAGAUCGAUCUGACUCUGAGACUGGUCGAGUCUUAUCCAGAGACAUUUCAACUGGUUAGCGGACCUUCGGAAGUCAAGGGUGUUUACGCCAGUGGUAAGAUUGCUUGCUCGAUUGGGAUUGAGGGCCUGCACAUGGCAGGUAAUAGCAUCGGUAUCAUCAGAGCUUUCUACAGGCUCGGGGUGAGAUAUUGCACUCUCACCCACGUGUGCAACAAUGCCUUCGCGGAUAGCUCCACUUCAAAAGUUGGACCGGUUCACGGUGGCCUGUCUGACCUAGGAAGGGCUGCUGUCAAAGAGAUGAACAGACUUGGCAUGAUUGUUGAUCUCUCUCACGUCUCCGAGGACUGUGCCAGCCAAGUUCUCGACCUCACACGAGCCCCUGUCAUGUUCUCUCACUCGAACGUAAAAGGAGUAUUUGACUGCCCCCGUAACGUUCCUGAUCAUAUCCUCGAUCAAGUACCCGCCAAUGGCGGUAUUGUAAUGGUUACCUUUGUCCCAGAGCAUGUCACAACGCGCCGACGAGAUGCGAAGAUGGAAAUGGUCAUUGAUCAUCUAUUCUACAUUGCCAAUCGCAUUGGCUGGGAUCACGUUGGCCUUGGAUCCGAUUUUGACGGGAUCGCUAGUGUCAUCCCGGGUCUUGAAGACGUGAAAUGCUAUCCCCAUCUACUGAAGGCUAUUCUUGAUCGUGGAGCGACGGAAGAGCAGUUGUCAAAGGUUAUUGGCGAGAAUAUUCUUCGAGUUUGGGGAGGAGUGGAGAAAGUGAGGGAUCAGAUGAAGGCUGAGGGAGUGCUUCCAGUGGAGGAUGUGUUUAAGGAUCGGAAGUGGUGGAGAUAUGAUGGGUAUUAUCAGAUGGAAGAUCCUGAUCCUGAGGAUAAGCUUGGACUUGACUGGUACGGUGUACCUCCGCCAGAUGAGGGUCUAUAUCUCAAGGAAUAG